AUUAAUUUAUUUUAUGUUUACCAUGUUUCCAGUUCCACAUACGUCUCAGCUAUGAAGAGUGAAUUUAAUAGGAACUACUCAGAGGUGACUGAGUUUAUUCUGUUAGGUUUCAGAACUCCUCCAAAGUUACAGAUCCUCCUGUUUCUGGUGUUCUUGCUGAUCUACAUGGUCACUGUGGUGGGAAAUACCAGCAUGAUAAUUGUCAUAAAGAUGGACUCCAGACUUCAGACGCCUAUGUAUUUCUUCCUCAGAAACUUGUCCUAUUUAGACCUCUGCUACGCCACGGUCACUGCCCCCAAAACUUUAGCCAACCUCUUGUCAAGUGAAAAGAAAAUUUCUUACAAUGGCUGUGCAGUACAAUUUUUCUUCUUUGCCCUGUUUGUCACAGCUGAGGGCUUCCUUCUAGCUGUUAUGGCAUUUGAUCGAUUCUCAGCUAUUUGCUCCCCGCUCCUGUAUCCUACGCACAUGUCUCAGAAAGUCUGUGUUCAGUUGGUAACUGGAUGCUAUAUCUGUGGCUGUAUCAACUCCAUAAUACAAACAGGUUUCACCUUCAGUUUGCGUUUUUGUGUAGAAAACAGACUGGACCACUUUUUCUGUGACGUCCCAGCCCUCCUCAAGAUCUCUUGUGUCGAAACCUUUGUGAAUGAGGUUGUACUGUUUCUUCUCUCCGCUCUCAUCAUCAUCACCACCACAACAGUCAUUCUGCUUUCCUAUGUGUACAUCCUCUGCACUGUCUUAAGGCUUCCUUCAACCCAUGGCAGGAGUAAGACCUUCUCCACCUGUGGCUCCCAUAUAGCGGUGGUGAGUCUGUUCUAUGGGACUGUGUUCUUCAUGUAUGGCCAGCCUGGGGCCAUCUCCUCGCCAGAGAAAAACAAGGUUGUGGCUGUGCUCUACACACUUCUAAUACCCAUGCUCAAUCCUCUAAUAUACAGCCUCAGAAACAGAGAUGUGAAAGAGGCUGUGAAAAGAAUAUUACACAGGAAAUGAUUCCCUCACUGAUAUUUGUAAAACUAUUAUCAUUGGACAAGGUUUGUUUUUGAAGGUUCUUAGUUACUCUUGUUUUUGUAA